AUCCCAGCUGCGCGGUGGGGCCGGUGCUCAGGGCAGGGGGUGGGGCCCGGACGCCUGGGUUCUAUCCCAGCUGCGCGGGGGGCCCGGUGCUCAGGGCAGGGGGUGGGGGCCGGACGCCUGGGUUCUAUCCCAGCUGCGCGGUGGGCGGUGAGAUGGGUCCAGUGCUCGGGGCAGUGAGCACGCGGCCAGAGGCGGUUGCAGCCACUGAUUGGCUAGGCUUCAGAGAGUGGGCGGGCCCUCCCCGCGGAUUGGCUGGAAGGCAAGAAAACGAAGCGGCCGGAGGGACUCGCCCCAGGAUUGGCUAGAUCAACGGAGGCGGGCGGUCCUUAUUCCGGAUUGGCUGGAGGUUGGAAAGGGGCGUGACCGGAACCAAAGACGAUUUCUGAUUAGCUAUCCCCCGGGGACUGGGCGGGACAUCCCCCCGGAUUGGCCCGGGGCGCGGAGUGGGCGGGGCAAUGUCGGCGGCGCUGCAGCAGGCGCUGGGCGCGGCGGGGCCCGGCCCGGCCCCGGCCCCGGCCCCGGCCCUGGUGCUAGGCCCGGCCCGCUCCGGCCGCUCGGCGCUGCUGUUCCGGGCGGCCCGGGGCGGGCCCCGCGCGCUGUUCCUGGCGCCUCGCGCCCUGCAGCGGCUGCCGGGGGCCCGGCGCGGGGAGAGCGACCUGCGCGACCUGCAGCGCAUCCAGUUCCUCUACCCGCCCUCCCUGCGGGAGCUGCGGCAGCUGUUGGCCUCGCUGCACCAGAGCCUGCCUGGGCCCCCUGCCCUCAUCUUGCUGGAUGGCCUGGAGCAUUACCUCGCUGGUUGCCCUGGCCCUCAGGCAGCCGCCCGGCUCUCAGCCCUGCUGGUGGACACAGCUUCGUACUUCACGGGGCGCCUCGGCGCGGACCCCCAAGGAUCUGCCCCCUGCUGCCAGCUCAUCGCCUCCGUGCAGGUCUCCGGGGAAACAGAGGUUGAGGAUCAUCUCAGCAUCCUCCAGCGCUACUUCCCAGCCCAGUGCUGGCUGUGCCCAGACUCGGCGGCAGCCCUGGGCCAGGAGGACUGCGGGGGCGACGGGCUGUUCAGGGCACGCCUGUCCCAGCCCGGUGCUCCAGACCGGGAAUGGAGGCUGGGAUUCGGCCUCGAUGGAGAGAUGAGGGUAUCCCCGGUUCCACAGGGCUGUGCAGAGGAUCCAGGGGCAGCUUCGGACAGAGACAGAGCUGCCGGGGCUGAGAAGUGACCGCUGGGGCUCUGGCCUCUAGCAUUCUCCACUGGAGAUGUAAAUCCGUCUGUUUCCCGAGUGAGGGUUUCUGCCCUGGUCGUUGGCUGAAGCUUGGGCGAUUUGAGGGGGCAUACAGAGACGUAUUUUCCCCUCUUGGCCUGCUUAAUUUGCCACCCACAGUGAAUAGAAAUGGUGGAAAAUUCAACAAUACAAAUCUGUUUAUUCCAGUACCGCCGAAGGAGCAGCCGAGAUCGGGCCUGCCCCCACAUCGCGCCAGGUGCUGCACAGACAGCAUAAUGUGCAGUCUCUACCCCUGAAUCUAAUUUAUUUUCCAGGGUUUCGGCUCUCUGAAGAGGUGGGGUGACCUGACCAAUUAGCUGCGCCCAACUCUGAGGGGGAGCCCAUCUGUUCCAGUGCGUAGGAUGCAGGGCUCGGAGCGGAGGAGAUCGGGCCUCUGUUCCUGGCUCUUGCCACUCACCUGCUGUCUGACCUCGAGUCAUUUCCCCUGCUCUGAGCGUUAGCCCCUACUCCCGGUCCAGAGCCAGUAAUAAAACCUGACUCCAGCCCCUCCCAGAUCUGGGAGUAGAACCCAGGAGUCCUGGCUCCCAGGCCCUCCCUCUCCUGUUCUAACCCACUAGACCGCACUCCCCUUCCACAGCCACGAAUGUCCCUCCCAGCUGGCUCAGUGCCAUGGAGCUGAUCUGGCACAGGGCUGGGGG